AUGCUGUACUCGCCGGACGAUGCUGGUGAGCGGUUCUGCUACAGCGACGCGACGGCCGGAGGUAGCGGCGUGGAGCGGGAGUUCCUGCGCGUGGCGGCGUCGUACGUGGCGUCGCCGCACGAGGGGCCGAGGAGCGCGUACUACGACUUCUUCGCUGCGCACAACGCGACGCUGUGGACCGUGGACAGCGCGACGCGCGUUGCGACGCCGAUGCAGCUGGACAUUGUGUACACGUUCGUGAACCCGAGAGCGCCGUCGUUCCGGCGCAACCUUGAGGCGCGGCACGUGCGGUUCGAGCAGCGGCGGUACCGCGACUGGGAGGAGCUGCGGUACUCGCUGCGGUCGCUGCGCGAGUUCGUGCUUGCGAGCGGCGCGCUUGCGCAGUACCACCACCGCCACGCUGCGGACGUGCGGCGGCUGGGUGAGCUUGGGUACCGGGUGAACAUGAGCGACGCUGACGCGGGGGACGGGGUUGUGUCGCUGGUGCGGCGCGUGUACCUUGUCCUGUCUGACAAGGACCAGGUGCCCGCGUGGCUUGACACGGAGAGGUUCCCGGAGCUGCGCGUGGUGACGCAUGCGGAUAUGUUCAGCGCUGAGGAGGCGGCGUGGGUGCUGCCGACGCUGAACUCGAACGUGAUAGAGUCCGGGCUGCAUCGCAUUCCGGGCAUCUCGCGCUUUUUCCUCUACUUCAACAAUGACAUGAUGCUGGGGCGGCAAGUCUCCUUCUUCGACUUGUUCCGCCCCCUGUCGCCGCCGCGCCAGAUCUUGGAGAUGGCGAUCCAGCAACAACCAGAUGCUGUGCCUGACAUCAUGGCGACUCAGCUCAACAGUGACGAGAAACGGGUCCCACUGCUAUUCGAGACCAUCUUUAACAGUGACGGCUACGUGCCACCCCCAUCCAGGCCAACUCUGGCACGCAUAGGAGCGUGGCUCAUCCCCCAGUCGUGGUGCGCCGAACUGGAGGAUAGGCGACCUAAAGGAAGGCUGGUGGACUGCACGCUGCGCUUUUUGUGCAGACCAGGGCAAUUUUCCAAGCCUAAGCUGAAUAGCAAUAAUGUCCUGAAUCACCUCGCUCGCUAUUACGUGCAGGAGGAGCUGCCUGGGAUCGUGCCCUCAAUGGAGUACGCUCAUAUGCCUCGUGUGGUGGAUCGCGAAGUGCUACGGACGAUGCUGGACUGCCCCACAAAUGGCUUUGGCGAGACUGUGAAGGAGAUGCGCAGAGCGUAUCUACGCAGCAUGAACAACUUUUCCCCUGCCCACAUCUACGAGUCGUUUGCUUUGGCGAUGCGCCGCGCACGUACGGCGGCGCUUUGGUGCCAGAGUGAUGAGCGAUGUGUUGCCACGCUGCGACACAUGCGUCCCCUCACGACCCGUAAGUGGCGGCGGAGGCGCCAUACGUCCUGCCCUGGUCACCCGCUCGAGGGAGGCAGCCAAACGGUACGGCUGCAGCACAGCGAUAUGCUCGCACGCUGGAAAUCUUACGAGGGAAAAUGGCUGAGCAGCAUUACCACUGUGCCGGUAUCGCCGACGGAGACGGCGCAUAACAGCCUCUCUCGCCCCAGGGGUAGUGUGCAGAGCACAGCCACGUCCGUGUCGGCAUCAGCGCCGCACCGACUCUACAAGCCGUCUCAGGUGGUGCGCACGCUCUUGUCGGAGGGAACGGCAAGCGCACCUCACAAGGUGAGCUAUGAAAUGAUCAGUGGCUGCCGGAAGCGAGGCUCUGUAGACGCGUCACGGGUGCAGUCUUUGGUGCUGGAUGUGCAUCACCACGUAUCCAUGACUGACCUGACGUUUCGAUUCUUUAUUGUGGAGGACUUUCAGCGCCUUGCGAUCAUUCUCUCUCGCCUGGAGCACUCCGCCAGCAAUGAGACAGGUGAGUCGUCGUCGACGGCCCGGCGUGCGUCGAUGCCGCCGCUGUUUAUUACCGUGAACGACGAUCUUGAUAGUGAGGCGAUGAACAAGCAGCUGCACACGAGCCACCUAAUGGGGUGGAAUGAGUCUCAUCUCAUCCAGGCAGCCUUUCAUCGCUUGCUGUGGCUCUGCUCCUACCUGGCUCCUCAGGCACCAUGGGAACGCUGGCCGGUCCCUGCGUAG